CAUUUUAGCUAGGGAUUAGUUUGAAUUUAUAAAAAAAUUGCAAGCAACUAAAACGGCAAUACCGCAUGCACAAGGGAGCGCGCGCUAUCUACGAGCAAAGCCAUGCAAUCCCUCGUCAUCUCUCUCUCCAACCAUCUUAUAAAACCCAAAAGCAAAUACCACGCCUCCUUCUGUUGCUUUCUCAAAACCUACAAUUCAUGGGCUUCCGCUAUCCGAAAUGCUUCUUCCCCCCACAAUGCUCUGCACAUCUACUCUCAAAUGCACCGAAAUUCGAUUCCUUUCGAUACCUUCUCCGUCCUCUUUACGCUAAAAUCGUGUACCCAGUUGAAGAACCACGCAAUCAUUCAACACCUCCAUGCCCAUGUAAUCAAACUUGGGUUUUGCUCGCAUGUAUUUGUGGCCACUUCACUUCUCCAUGCGUACGUUGUUGUGUCGUUUGUGGAUGCAUGCCUACUGUUCGAUGAAAUUCCUGAGAAGAACACGGUCACGUGGAACACGAUGAUUGCGGGGUUUUCGAGGUCGGGGGAUGUGGAAAGAGCGCGUUUGGUUUUUGAGGAAAUGCCGUUGAGAGAUGUUGCGUCGUGGUCCGCCAUGAUAGCUGCGUACGUGAACAAUGGCAAGCAUGAGUGUGGUUUAUCGUUGUUUCGGGAUAUGGUGAUGGAUGAAGGUUUGAAGCCUGACCAAGUGAGUGCGGGCUCAAUUUUAUCGGGUUGUGCCCACUUGGGUUCUCUUGGUUUGUUGGUGGGGAAAUCAGUUCAUGGGUUUAUGGCUAAGAACGGGUGGGAAUUGAAUGUGGAAAUUGGUACGAUAUUGGUUGACAUGUAUGCUAAGUGUGGGUUUUUGAAGGGAGCUGCACAGGUUUUUGAAUUGAUGCAAGAAAGGAAUGUCAUGACUUGGACCGCUUUGAUUUGUGGAUCGGCACAACAUGGCUACAGCGAAGCAGCAUUGUCUUUGUUUGAGAUGAUGCAAAAGGCCAGUGUAAGAGCUAAUGAACUGACCUUUACUGGAGUUCUGAGUGCUUGUGUGCAUACAGGACUAGUUGAGGAGGGCCGGAAAUAUUUCAAGAUGAUCGAAGAAAGUGGCUUGGAGCCUAGAAUACAUCAUUACGGAUGCAUGGUUGAUUUGUACGGCAAGGCAGGACUGUUAGAGGAAGCUUAUGAGGUUAUUAUGAAAAUGAGUCUUGAGCCCAAUGUCGUUAUUUGGACUGCUUUUUUAUCUGCUUGUAAGGAGCAUAAACAGUUUGAGAUGGCAGAACGAGUGGUUGAGCAGGUCAUGAAGAUGGUAAAACCAGAGAACGAUGGUGGGGUUUAUUCUCUUCUCUCGAAUCUGUAUGCUUUGGGUGGGAAGUGGGAUGAUGCAGAAAAAGUGAGGAAUUUGAUGAACAACCAACGUGUGAGGAAGGUCGGAGCAUCUAGUAUGGUUAGAAGUGGAUAGCAGAAAGUUUACAUUCCAUCGGUCCUUGGGCAAGUUAUGAAAUCUACCUGGAUUGUCCUAACUUGGGGUAAAUGAACGCUGACCUUCGGCACAUUGAUCAAAUUUAAGCUGUCUGUAUCACGUGCAAACGGUUGAUCGGAUUUGUCUCCUCAACGUACCAUAGGAGUUACAUUUUGUACUUUCUUGCAAACCAAUUUGUUGACGUUUCACCCCUUUUUUUCCCACAAUUUUUCUUUCUUAAGGGCAAUCAUUGUUGUUUUAGUGUACAUAUUGUAUCAGUUAUCAGGGAAAAAGAAAAAGGCAUUAGCAGGAAUUAUCAUUUUUUGACUUUUGGUUGCAGAAAUGAUUUGGUGUUGUUUUAGUGUACA